AUGGCAAGAUUGAGCAAGGGUCGAAGAAAGGUCGAAAUAGUGAAAAUGAAAAAUGAGAGUAACAUGCAAUUUACUUUCUCUAAGCAUCGUGCUGGCCUCUUCAAAAAGGCUAGUGAACUUUGUACGCUAUGUGGUGAUGAAAUUGCCAUUGUGGUAUUUUCUCCAGUUGCUGGUGAAUAUGUUCCUGGGAGGGACCUCCCUCCACCAAAUGAUGAUGAUCGCCACAACCACCUAAUCAGGGCUCAUCGAAACACUGGUCAACGUGGGCUCAAUAAGGAGGUCAUAGACAUGCAGGAGUCUCUCCAGAAGGAGAAAGCUGUAGGGAAAUCCCUACUUGAAUCUGGGAGGGGAGCCUACGAUCGUGUGUGCGAAUCUCCGAUUAUCAAAGGACUUAGCCUCUCCCAACUUGAACAAUUGAAGGAGGCAUUGGAAUCUCAAAAGCGAAAAGUUGAAUUCGAGGCAGAACUUCAACAAAUGGGGAGUGAUGCUCCACUGCCAUUUCUCACCUUUGGAAGUGCCUUGUCUCCUACUAGUGGUGAUGGGGAAAGUUCUUCACAUAAACCCAAUUGCAGGGAUCACAAUGACGCCGAAGCCAUGGCAGCACAUUUUGCAGUAAAGUGGCUAAAAGCCAGAGG